AUAUAUAUCCAUAGCUCCAUACAAAUUUACAGAGAGAGAGAGAGAGUGUGUGUGAAAGUGUAACAAGAAGCAAGAAUUGAAUAAGAUUAAGAAGAGGUUUUGGGGUUAAGUCAUCUUUACGUUUGCUUCCUUCCUUUUUCCUAUUCUAACGUCCCCAUUCACUCACUCCACACUUUUAUUUUUUCAACUCUUUCUUCUCUCUCUCUCUCUCUCUCUGUCUCUCUCUCAGAAGAACCCAAAAACCAUUUAUACAAAAAAAAAAAUAAAAUAAAAAAUAAAAUAAAUAAAUAAAAGAGAGGACCAAUUAGCCAUAGCCAAAGGCAUUGAGCUAUUUCGUCUUUGCUUUACCUCUAUCCUCUUCCACCGCUUUAACUAUCCCAUAACCCCAUUUCUUUUUCUCUCUCUCUCUAGAUAUAUAUAUAUAAAUUCUCUUUCCAUUUCUGGUUCUGUAAUUAUCAGAUUAUAAACCCUCAUUCUGAGAAGGAUAAGGAUUAGUCAAAGGAGAGAUUAAUCUCUAUUUAAUUUUUUAAUAUAUUAUAAAUUAUAUUUUUGUUGCUUUGUUUUGAUUCUAUGGCUGCGGGUGCUGAGAUUUCCGGUGAGGUAGCUGCGGCAGCGGCUGCCAAGAACACAAAGCUUGAAUCGGAAUCGGAGUCGUCGAAAUCGGAAUCGGAAUCGGAAUUCAAUGUCCAGAAACUGGUUGAUAUGUUCACCAAGCUGAACCCUUUAGCCAAAGAGUUUAUUCCAUCGUCUUACGCUAAGCAACAGAGCUUCAACAACCUCAACGCAAUUACCACCGAUGAGUCUCUCUUCCCCAACAAUAAGCUUUUCCCAGAUGAUAAUAACUCAAUUAACAGAAGGAGAAGAAAUAACUUCAAUCAGGGGAGGCGAAGGUUAAAUGGAAGAAGUUUCAGAGCUCAGAGAGACAACAGUAUUAGACGAACAGUAUAUGUUUCUGAUAUUGAUCAGCUGGUCACUGAAGAGAGGCUUGCUGCAUUAUUUAGUACCUGUGGACAAGUUGUUGAUUGCCGAGUCUGUGGUGACCCACAUUCAGUUCUUCGUUUUGCAUUUGUGGAGUUUGCUGAUGAGCAUGGCGCAAGAGUUGCUCUUAAUCUUGGUGGAACUGUGCUAGGAUAUUAUCCAGUUCGGGUCUUACCUUCAAAAACUGCUAUCCUUCCUGUGAAUCCUACAUUCCUCCCUAGGUCAGAGGAUGAACGGGAAAUGUGUUCGAGGACUGUUUAUUGCACCAAUAUUGAUAAGAAGGUUUCACAAUCUGAAGUCAAGAGUUUCUUUGAGACAGCUUGUGGCGAAGUUACUCGUUUAAGGCUUUUGGGGGAUCAUGUGCACUCAACUCGCAUAGCUUUUGUUGAAUUUGUCAUGGCAGAAAGCGCAAUACUUGCUCUGAAUUGUAGUGGAAUGGUCUUAGGAACCCAACCGAUAAGGGUAAGUCCUUCGAAGACACCAGUUCGAUCGCGAGUUGUUCGUCAAUAACCAGUCUUACUAAUUAAGGAUCAGUGGAUGGAAUUCAACAUAGCUUCUCAGCUAAGGAAAUUUGAUGCCUUUUACUGGUUGGUGAAACAUUUGUUUCUUUCCGUUUAUCAGUCUUUUAUGUAGCAACAAUUGUUGUUCUGUUACUCUUUACACAUCGGGGCCUGCUUCAAGUUUGAAGUUUUUACGGGAUGGUUUCGAUCUUGAGAAUAUCACCUGUUUCGAAUCUAAAUGCGCUUGGAAACUUCUCUCGGUAUAGCGAUCAUACUUGUGCUCCUUUACUUAGAAAAAGCUUUUAAUUAUCAUCCUUUCUCUUGGAUAGAAGGUGUGGUGUUGUUGCCACCAAGUUCCAAGAACCUAGGUACCUUUUGUGCCAAUGCGCCCUUCUAUAUUUACGUUUUGUAUUUCCUUAUGCAUAUUGAACGAACAACUUGCCUGUUAUCAAGUAAAUUUCGUUUGACAGCAGUUCAUUUAGGUUCCUUUUGGGUCAUAAGACACUGGAAAAAUGUUGUAUGUAUUGUGAACCUUUUUAAAGCUCUGAAUGCCCAAAGUUUCCUCUUACCAUA